AAGCGAUAGACAUGCGCACAGCUGAUGUAGAGGCACAUCUGCACUGACGUCAUCUCCACCACGAAAAGCUGCCAAUUCGGAACUAUACCCGGUUUCAGACCGGCUGAAUUGUAGUGUAAACCAACUUUUGCUGUGUUGCAUGCCCUUUUUUCCCCUUUCUCACAAGGUGUUACUUCGCAGAAUACUCUCUGAAGUCUUGAAUUCACUCUGAACCCUUUCAAGCUACCCCAUACUCCACUCUACUUUAUAAGGACGACAGAUAUGCAGAAAAUAGAGCCUUCCUGUGGAGCAAGUCCAAGAUUUUGAAGGCUGAAUAACUAUUUUUUUGUUAGACACUGUGAGAUCUAGGGAUACUUUUUCCUGUGUUUUGGUCUGAGGGGAAGAAGCAUACUCCCGUGUGUGCACCUAUUUCUCAGGAUGGCAAAACCCCGAAGGAUAUGAAAAGGGAACAGGGGCUUGUGUGCGGAACUUCAGAGCAGAAAAAGUCUUUUGUCUUCAGGUUACCCAGCACAGUUGGAAUGGAAGUGACAAUGAAGAUGAGCAUGUUUCACCCGAGGGGACUUGUGGGGGCCUGAUGGAUUACAGUGGUGCCUACGAGUUCCUGAGAUGAAUCCAGAGGCUAAAUACACCACCACCACCACCACCACCACCACCACCACCACCAGCACCAGCACCAGCGGCAGCGGCCAGAUCUGGAAGCAUCUGCUCUGGGGAGGAAUCUGAGAAGCUCACCGGACACCAGACAUCCAUCACAGUGACAAUUCAGGGGAGAUCCACCAUGGACUUGUUAUGGCGUGGCAUUAGAGCGAGCCUGUGCUUCUUCUGAACCGCACUGUGUAGCACCCACUCACCUCUCUUCCACCCACCACCCCCCUCCCAUGUCCCAUCUGUCUCUGAAUCAUGGAGAUUUUGUGGAAGACGUUGACAUGGACUCUGAGCCUGGUGGUCAUGGCUGCUACAGAAUCUCCGACCUCCCAGACGCUUUCCCACAGCUCUCAAGAGGAGUUCCUGUCCUUCCUGGACCACUACCAGCUGACGGUGCCCGUGCGGGUGGAUGAGAACGGGGACUUCCUCAGCUACUCCCUGAAGCACCGCCGGCCGGGCCGACGCCGACGGGGCGCCCCCCGCCCGCCCGCGGGGAGCCCGGGCCCGGGCCACGCAACAGAGCCCACGGAGCAUGCGCCAGAGACCCAGCUCUUCUACAGACUGUCGGCCUACGGAAAGCACUUUCACCUGAACCUCACCCUGAGCCCCCAUCUGGUGUCCAAACACUUCACGGUGGAGUACUGGGGGAGAGGGGGCCUGGAGUGGAGGCACGACCUGGUGGACAGCUGCCACUACGUGGGCUUCCUCCAGAACCAGAACGCCACUACCCGGGUGGCGCUUAGCAACUGCAACGGGCUGCAUGGCGUAAUCACAACAGAAGACGAGCAGUAUGUAAUAGAGCCAUUGAAGAACGCGUCCUCCACUGCCUCCAGAGAGUGGAACCUGGACCAGGCACAGCAACACGUUAUUUAUAAAAUGUCUGCCCUCUCCACACCGCAAGAGCACAGCCAGGAGUUCAGCUGUGGCAUUUCAGACCCCGUGAAGUGCAGUACACCCUGCUCCAAAAGCGCCCCGUCGUCUCCUGCCCUUCAAAAUAACAGCGCGGAUGGGAACUCCACCAGCAGACACCGUCGCUCAGUCAGCUCCGAGCGCUUCGUUGAGACCCUCGUGGUGGCGGAUAAGAUGAUGGUCGGCUACCACGGCCGUAAGGACAUCGAGCACUAUAUCCUGUCCGUAAUGAAUAUUGUUGCCAAACUUUAUCGUGAUGCCAGUCUAGGGAAUGUUGUGAACAUUAUCGUGACCAGACUAAUAGUUCUCACAGAAGACCAGCCUAACCUGGAGAUCAACCACCAUGCCGAUAAGUCCUUGGACAGCUUCUGCAAGUGGCAAAAGUCCAUCCUCUCUCACCAUGGAGAUGGAAACAGCAUUCCGGAACACGGAAUGGCCCAUCAUGACAACGCUGUGCUUAUCACUCGAGACAGGAUGGGAUUUGUUGAACUGAUGUCACGUCCCCCUGUGAUCUCGGAGAUGAACGAAGUGUGCAGAGAGCUCUGGUGCCUUAGCAAGAGCAACCGCUGUGUCACCAACAGUAUCCCCGCUGCCGAGGGGACCCUCUGCCAGACCGGCAGCAUCGAGAAGGGGUGGUGCUUCCAGGGGGAGUGUGUGGGGUUCGGCACCUGGCCCCAGAGCGUGGACGGAGGCUGGGGCCCCUGGUCCACGUGGGGGGAGUGCAGUCGGACCUGUGGUGGGGGCGUAUCGUCCUCCAUGAGGCACUGUGACAGCCCAGCCCCCUCUGGAGGAGGAAAGUAUUGUCUUGGAGAGAGAAAGCGCUACAGAUCCUGUAACACAGACACCUGUCUGGCGGGAUCCCGAGAUUUCCGGGAGAAGCAGUGCGCUGACUUUGACAGCAUGUCCUUUCGUGGGAAGUAUUACAACUGGAAGCCCUACACUGGAGGCGGCGUGAAGCCCUGUGCACUCAACUGUCUGGCGGAGGGCUACAACUUCUACACCGAGCGCUCCCCGGCCGUCAUAGACGGGACGCGUUGCCAGGCCGACUCCCUGGACAUCUGCAUCAACGGAGAAUGCAAGCAUGUGGGCUGUGACAACAUCCUGGGCUCAGACGCCAAGGAGGACCGCUGCCGUGUGUGUGGAGCAGACGGCAGCACAUGUGAAGCCACUGAGGGCCUGUUCAACGAUUCCCUACCGCGAGGAGGCUACAUGGAGGUGGUUCAGAUACCAAAGGGCUCGGUCCACAUCGAAAUCAAAGAGGUCGGAAUGUCCAAGAACUACAUCGCGCUGAAAUCGGAGGGAGAUGACUACUACAUCAACGGGGCUUGGACCAUAGACUGGCCCCGGAAGUUCGACAUCGCCGGCACCUCCUUCCACUACCGACGGCCCUCCGACGAACCCGAGUCCCUCGAGGCGCUGGGGGCCACCACCGAGGUCCUGGUUGUCAUGGUGCUGCUCCAGGAGCAGAACCAGGGCAUCCGCUACAAGUUCAACGUGCCCAUCCAGCGUACGGGGAGCGGGGACAACGAGGUGGGCUUCACCUGGUACCACCAGCCCUGGGCCGACUGCUCGGCAACCUGCGCCGGAGGCUCCCAGAAGCAGGAGAUAGUGUGCAAGCGGCUGGACGAUAACUCGGUGGUGCAGAACAGCUACUGUGACCUGGAGGGGAGGCCCUCGGAGAACCAGAGGGCCUGCAACACAGAGCCCUGCCCCCCCGAGUGGUUCAUCGGGGACUGGUCCGAGUGCGGGAAGACGUGUGACGGGGGCGUGAGGACCAGGACCGUGCUGUGCAUCCGGCGGAUCCAACCCGCCGAGGAGGAGACGGUGGAGGACAGCCACUGCCUCACCCACAGGCCCAUCGAGAGGGAGCCCUGCAACAACCAGUCCUGCCCGCCGCAGUGGGUCACCCUGGACUGGUCCGAGUGCAUUCCUAAAUGCGGGCUGGGCUUAAAGCACCGCAUCGUCCUGUGCAAGAGCAGCGACCAGACCAAGGCCUUCCCGCCCGCACACUGCCCCGGCCACGCCAAGCCCCCCGUCAGGAUCCGCUGCAGCCUGGGCCGCUGCCCGCCCCCCCGGUGGAUCCCCGGCGAAUGGGGACAGUGUUCGGCCCAGUGCGGCCUGGGCCAGCAGAUGAGGACCGUCCAGUGUCUGUCCUACACGGGGCAGAUGUCUGCCGACUGCUCCGACUCCCUCCGGCCCACCGCCAUGCAGCAGUGUGAGAGCAAGUGUGACGCCGCCACGCCCAUCCUCAUCGGCGACGAAUGCAAGGAUGUCAACAAGGUGGCGUACUGUCCACUGGUGCUGAAGUUUAAGUUCUGCAGCCGGGCCUACUUCAGACAGAUGUGCUGCAAGACCUGUCAAGGGCACUGAGGAGGGACGGACGGACAGACGGAAAAGCCACAGAGGACAAAAACUAAGAUGGAGGACAGGCGGGGGAAAGCAAUGGGAGGAAGACUAAAAGAGCAGACUGGCAUUCAGAGAGUGCGAGAGACAGGGAAAUGUACACUGUGGGGAGAGGGAGAGAGAGUACAGAUUGACCUUUCCCACACCUCCCUGUGCCCUCCAUGUUGGAACCCCAAACCACUGCUCAGCCAGAAUGCUGACACAAACGUUUUUUUUUUUCAUUUUUUGUAUUCUUAUUUUAUUUUCACUUCUGUGAAGUGUAAUUCGGAAGAUUAAUGUUAGUAUUGUUAUUUUAUUAUAAUAAUAAUUAUCGGUAUAAGUGUUGGUCUUCCAUCGUCUUGUUUUUAUGAAUCCAAAGUGCUGGACACGUCACACGGAGGAUGGCCCUUAGGAACUAUUCUAGAAGAUUCCACCACCUUUACAUCGGACUUCAUCCUUCUCGCCACGGCAGUGUUGCUGUCGGUUACGCCGCCUGAUAAUGUUUUUUCGGUGCACUUUUCAGUUGUAAUAUUUCAACAAGUUAGAGAAAUACGUAUGUUACAAUUCAAAAUGUUUCUCUCUCACACACACACACACACACACACACACACACACACACACACACACACACAUACACACACACAUCAGCGUACUGUAUAUUUAUUAUACAAUUCUAAGUCAUGGUUUUGGUUUUGUUUUUUCAUCAUUGUUUGUACAUCAUGUACUUGUGUCCUAAAAGUAGCCUACUGUCGGAAGCUGUGUGUUUGUGUGUGUGUGUGUGUAAUGCGAUUGCAUUCGUAUUAAAUUUUGUGCUGGAAUGAAUGCACAUGUUACAUACUGUACUUAUUUACAAACCCUUUCACAUACUGUAACUCUUCUUUUUUUACUAAUUGCAAAGGGUUCGUAUACUAUAGAAUAUAACAUUAACCAAGGACCAGAAAUCGGUCAAAUAGAUGAUUUCACAAGGGUUUCUCCUCGUUGUCGUUGUGUUGUGUUUGCCGUUGUUAUAAUGCUUUUGUUUUGUUUUCAUCCCACAUAAGGGUGCCUUCUUUCCGGACAGUGUCAUUAACGUGAGUCCAGAGCAGGCUUGGUCAGUUCCUCUGGUUUACCGAGAAGUCCUUGUCACACGGUGCCUAGGCCAUGCCAAACACUGACUGUUACCCACCAAGCCUUUACCAACCAUCCCUGCAGAGGAAGAGUGGGGAGGCAGACGGAAGAAGGGGAGGAGAGGGCGUUUUUUGAAGGAUAUAUUUUGAAGGACCAUAUUGUUGUUAUUCCACUGCCAACGGCCGGUGCUGUGGUCCGCUUAUUGGCAUUGGAAUUGCAAGGCAGAAAGCCGUACGCACACGUGUUGUGUAGUUGGAAAGUGUCCCAUGGUUACAACAUUGAAUCGAUUAGGACAUAUAAGCAUUCAACAGCCCGUAAAAAAACAAAGCUUUGUUAUAUGUUCAGGAUUUACAGACACACAGAUGCACACGCGCACACAAACCCACACACUCAAGUUCAAGUCGGUUUCCAGACUCCAAGUACCUGUUCCUACUCUUGAUCAUUGAUUCUUCCAGCCUUCUUCUCUUCUGUACCAUCUUCUCUUCCAAGUGAAAAACAAACAGCCAACUGAACGGUGCUUUCUGCUCAUGUGUUCCUACGGAGCGUCGCGUUUACCUUCCCACCUUCCUCUUGAGGGCAUCCAGCCGUCUCAUGGUCUUCUAAUGGUCGUCUCAUAGUCUUCUGGUGCUAUUCCAUAGAGCAAACAAUGAGACGGACGACAUCAUUUCCUAUUGUUUUUCUGUUAUGGUUUCAAUGCUGGUCAUGUUAUUGUUUUGUAAAAUUCUUUCUCAUAUAUAUUUUUUAACUCACACUGGGAAUUUUCCAUGUGUCAAUUUUAUUGGUCGGUUUUAUUUUGGGGGUGCUAACGAUACGAGGACUUUGGCCCAAGUUUGUUGUUGGGGGUAGGGGGGGGGUUAAAACGUUGUAGGAUUUCUACACCCGUGACAUAAUGUCCUAUGUCAUAACUGGUUGAGCGGAGGGGACACCUAUGGAAAUUUGGGAUUAAGGAGUCUAUAUGCAGACGAUAUUGUACUCUCGAGGGACAACGCUAAAAAGCGCUGAACGAGACGACUGAGGAGACCGAGCAACCCAGUCUCAGUGUCAAAUCAUCUUUUAAAACUGUUGCAACAAACAAGUCUCACUUACAUUUUCUGCUGCUGCUGCUACUGCUACUUUAAUUCCGUAGCCACCUUCAGUGUAAAGAAAAAAAUAUUAUUGCAAGGUGUCAUUUGUCCCCUUAUCAAACCAUGAAUCGAGGAAAUUAUUAAAAAGACAAUGAAUUCGAAGAAGACUUUUUGAGACUGAAUUAAAUACACGGGGGCUUCAUCAUGGCGAUGAAGCCUCGGUGCGUCUACUCCGAAACCUUCUGGAAAAACACGUUGACACUCAAUCAAACUGGUACUCAUUGCUGUGAACUUGGGGAUGUUUGAAUGUCACAUUGAUUAUUAUAGAUGUACUUAAAGUGCAAAAGAGAGAUGCGAAAAGCAAUAUGUGAUUAGUUUGCGUAUAUUUUAUAUUCAGUAUUAAUGUUGGUACACUGUUACAUUUUUUUUUUUUCAAAUGUAAAUGAUAUGCUAAUUUAUUGCGUUGUGUCACUUGUCGUACCUUGUUUUCACUGCAUGUAAUUUUUUUAUGUAAGCAUAGUGAAAAAAAAGUGCAGUGAAAUAUUGGCCCUUCACAAACUUUUUUUUUUUAAGUAGACAAAAUAAAAUCUAAUAAAAUAAUAAAAAAGAGCCGGUUCGAAAGAGA